AUGUUCCCUGCGGGAGCUGUCCCCGUGAGCUUUGCCGCCGCAGUGGCCGGUUUUCCCACAGGAGCUGGUCCUGCAAGCGCUGCUGCAGCGGUUGCAGGAACCAGCCAUGCAGUCGCAGCUCCGGCAGUCGCAGCUGCAGCGACCAUGGAUCCCAAGGGGGCUGGUCCUGCAUCCUGUGGUCAGGCCUUGCGGGUAAAUCCCGCUGGUCUGGCUCGUCUGAACAGGGCACGGUGGUUGCCACAGCAACUUCCUGCCAAGCGCACAGUGCGCAGGAGCCGCAACCGAGACAGCCGCCACUCCGCUUUGCCGGCUGCCAGCGACCGACUGGGUGGCGGCAAGGGAUCGGGAAAUCGGGGUGUUGCCACGGCAAGGCUUCCGGUGCCGGUUCAGUUGUCUGCUGGCGCGAGCGCAGCUGCGGCUCUGGUGCGCCGGGACGCUGCCAACGCCACGUCGCAGUGCAGCAGCAUAACGUCUGCUGGCGCAGGCACAGCAGCGGCUCUGGUGUGCCGGGAUGCUGCCGAUGCCACGUCGCAGUGCAGCAGCGCGACCCGACCUACAUCAGUGGGUGGUUCAGGCAGCAGUGUUGGGCGGAUUCUGACACACUCCACGGGGGGCAGGGCCGUCGGUCAAGGGUUUGUCACCUACUCGGCCGCCGGUGCCUGUUCAACUACCGGUGGAGAAUGA